UUAAUUGUUAUACCGAUAAUCAUAUUGUGUUUUUAUGUUAGUCUUUUAACUCCAAAAAAUUCAAACAUAAGUUGUAACGUCUCACUUUAAAAAGUUUUCACUUUUACCUACCUUUUUUCCUCCUUAUAAAUGCCCAAACAACAUAUAUUCUAUCAACGAUCACUUAACAUCUCUGUUUCCUCUGCUAAUCACUUAUGGCUAAACUAAUUCUCACACUUUUGUUCCUUCUCUUGUCCUACUUCUCAGGGAGUCUGACGUUAGGGGAUGAUCAGAAGACUUGGUGUGUGGCUAAACCUUCAUCAGAUGAGAAUGCACUUGAACAGAACUUGAAUUUUGCAUGUCCUAUUGUUAAUUGCAAUAUAUUUAACGAAGGUGGUCCUUGUUUUUUACCAAAUAAUUCAAUGAAUCAUGCUUCUAUUGCCAUGAAUUUGUACUAUCAAUCUAAAGGAUCCCAGUUUUGGGAUUAUAGCUUUGGUAAUUCUGGCCUUGUUGUCUUGACUGAUCCAAGUUAUGGUAGCUGCAUCUACGAGUGAAGUCAUCAAGUCAUGGUUGGGAGAAGCAACUCAUGAAGAGAUUAUUAUUAUUUUUUUUACUUUUUAAAAAAAAAAUCAAUUUCUUCUUAUAACAGAAUUAAGUUUAGCGACUCUAUGGCUAAAUUUAUGUGAUACAUUUUUCCUUUUAAUCUAUUAUAAAAGGAAUGUUAUAUUUAUAUAAUAAAAAUAAAUUUAACUUUACAA